CGUUGACUUCAACAUUAGCCCAGUGUUAAGAGGUGCGAGGCGUUUUUUUUUUUUUUCUCCCCCCAGUGCGGUGUGUAUUCAGACUAAGUUAACUUUUAGGGUAUUUUUGUAAACAUUUUGGAGUAACAGCUUGUAGAGCACUUGUUAAGGAGUAGUAAAAUGUUAUAGCUAAAGCUAGUUUAAACGCGUUUUAGCCUCGUAGCACCGAGACUUAUUUUGAUAGAAGAAACCGAGCAGGGAGACGGCUCAGCUCUCGGGCUGGCUUGCCCUAUGUGGAUUUUACUGAAAAUAUGGAGCGGAUACCUCGGCCUUGCCUGGGCAAGUCUCUAGCCUUUGUCUUCUGCUUCAUUCGGCUGUCUCUCGCUCUGCAGUGUGUGGAUGAUAAAGCACCUUGUGUGAACAAUGCUACAUGUCUGACCUUUAACAAUGGCACCGAAUACUGCAGGUGCGCUCCAGGCUUUUUGGGCGAAUACUGCCAACAUAAAGACCCUUGUCAGCCCGGUUACUGCCUAAAUGGAGGGAAGUGCUUUGUGUCUAUGUCAGCUGGUGUACCUCUACCUGGUAGUGCUACCUGCACCUGCCCUCUUGGCUACACUGGACAACAUUGUCAAACCCCCCUGAACUCCACAUGUUACCCAAACAACCCCUGCGCCAACAAAGGUGUCUGCACGCUCCUGUCCCUCGACAAGUACAGGUGUGAGUGCACCAGGGGAUGGACAGGUCCACGCUGUGAGUUUGAGGACACUUGUCUCUCCAGUCCCUGUGCCAAUGGAGGAAGGUGCAGCUCUCAGCCUGGUGGUAGCUACACCUGUUUCUGUUCUCCUGGCUACAAAGGUCCUCGCUGCCUUAAUGACACAGAUGAAUGUGCAGACACACCCUCCCCAUGUCAGAAUGAAGGCGUGUGUGUUAACACCCCUGGCUCCUACAGGUGCACCUGUAAACCAGGGUUUACGGGUAAACAUUGUGAAAGCUCAUACAUCCCUUGCUCACCUUCGCCGUGUCUAAACGGAGGCACCUGCCACCAGAGCUCUGAAACCACCUACUCAUGCCACUGUCUUCCAGGCUUCAAUGGAACUAACUGUGAGAACAACAUUGAUGACUGUCCUGGUCAUCACUGUGCUAAUGGAGGAACCUGCAUAGAUGGAGUUAAUACCUACAACUGUCAGUGUCCUCCUGAGUGGACCGGUCAGCACUGUACAGAGGAUGUGGACGAGUGUCGGCUGCAGCCAAAUACUUGUCAGAAUGGCGGCACAUGCGGCAACCAGAUAGGCAGCUACGUCUGCGUUUGUGUUAAUGGGUGGAGUGGACCCGACUGCUCUGAAAACAUUGAUGACUGUGCUACUGCCGCAUGCAGCCCAGGCUCCACUUGCAUUGACCGUGUCGCAUCUUUUAUCUGCCUCUGCCCCUUUGGGAAAACAGGUUUGUUGUGCCACAGAGAUGAUGCUUGUAUUAGUAACCCAUGUAGAGAGGGCUCACAUUGUGACACCAACCCCGUCACCGGGAUGUUCAACUGUAACUGUCCACCUGGAUACGUAGGAAGCACCUGCAACAUUGACAGAGAUGAAUGCAGUAUUGGGCCCAACCCGUGUGAGCAUGGUGGUCAGUGUGUGAACACCGACGGCUCCUUCACCUGUAACUGUGUCAGGGGUUAUGCUGGACCUCGAUGUGAACAGGAUGUCAAUGAAUGUGCUUCAAGUCCGUGCCAGAAUGAUGGCACAUGUCUGGAUCGCAUUGGGGAGUACACCUGUAUUUGCAUGCCUGGAUUUGAAGGAACUCACUGUGAGAUAGAAGUGAAUGAAUGUAUGAGCUCCCCCUGCCUCAAUCAGGGUAAAUGUGUUGACCAGGUCAGCCGUUUUGUUUGCGAGUGCCCAGCAGGUUUCAGCGGUGAAACUUGCCAAAUAGAUAUAGAUGAGUGUUCCAGCACGCCCUGCUUAAAUGGAGCCAAAUGUAUCGACCGACCCAAUGGAUAUGAUUGUGAAUGUGCUGAAGGUUUUACUGGUCGCCUCUGUGAAGAGAACAUUGAUGACUGCAAACCACCACCAUGCCACCAUGGCGUGUGUAAGGAUGGCAUUGCCACCUACUCCUGUGAGUGUAAUCCUGGAUACACAGGCUCCAUCUGUAACAUCCAGAUUCAGGAAUGCCACAGCAACCCUUGUCAGAACCGAGGUCGCUGCAUUGACCGGGUUAAUGCCUACCAGUGCGUCUGUCUACCAGGAACCUCAGGUGUGAAUUGUGAGAUUAAUGAGAACGACUGUGCCAGCAACCCUUGUGAGCAUGGAGAGUGCCAGGAUGGCAUCAAUGAGUACAAAUGUUUGUGCUCCCCUGGAUACGCAGGAGACAAAUGUGAGGUGGACAUCAACGAGUGUGAUUCAAACCCAUGCAUGAGUGGAGGAAGGUGCCUUGACAACGUGAAUGGUUUCCACUGCCUGUGUCCGCCCAGCACACACGGCCCGCUGUGCCUGUCUGGUAUCGAUCACUGUGCCUCUCAUCCCUGUGUGCAUGGAGAAUGUAUUGACCAGCAGCAUGGGUACCAUUGUGAGUGUGAAGCUGGUUGGGUGGGACAACACUGUGAGCAAGAAAAAGAUGAGUGCCAACUAAACCCAUGCCUGAAUGGUGGUGCCUGUGUGGACCGACACAACGGUUACACCUGUGAAUGCAAACCAGGUUUCAGAGGUGUCAACUGUGAAAUAAACAUAGAUGAAUGUGCAUCUGGGCCGUGCAUGAACCACGGUGUUUGUGGAGAUGGGAUCAAUAGUUACACCUGCCAUUGUAGCCCACCAUUCACAGGUAAACACUGUGAGAUAGAGCAGGAUCCUUGUGCCUCUCAUCCAUGUGAGAAGGGAGGAGUUUGUCUUCCAUCUGCAGAUUACACCUCUUACACCUGCCGAUGUCCGGCUGGUUGGCAAGGUGCACGCUGCAAUGAGGAUGUAAAUGAAUGCAUCAAGACUCCUUGCAAAAAUGGUGGCCUCUGCAAGAACACUCAAGGGAGCUUCAUGUGUAAAUGUCAACAUGGGUACAGUGGACACAACUGUCAGACAGAUGUAGAUGACUGCUCGCCAAACCCUUGCCUGAAUGGAGGCUUGUGCGUGGACCGAGUGGCAAGUUUCUCCUGCGACUGUAGGCCGGGUUUCGAAGGGGUGCGCUGUGAGGCCGAGGUAGAUGAGUGCGCCAGUCAACCCUGCAGGAACAGGGGAAUCUGCCGAGAUUACGUCAACAGCUUUGUGUGUUUGUGCCAGCCAGGCUUUAAUGGAAUCCAGUGUGAACACAACAUCCUUGAGUGCACUGAAAGUUCCUGUCUCAAUAAUGGGACUUGCGUUGAUAACGUUAACUCCUUCUCCUGCAAUUGCCGCCAUGGUUUUUACGGGGAUUUCUGUGAGUACGAACAUAACGAGUGUGACUCUCAGCCCUGUAAGAAUGGAGGCACCUGCACGGACGGUCUGGGUACUUACCGCUGCACCUGUCCUGUGGGAUUUAGUGGAAAGAACUGUCAGAACUACGUGGAUCUGUGCAGCCAGGUGAAGUGUAAAAAUGGUGGCUCCUGCUCUCAAACGGUCACCUCUUGGACCUGUCAUUGUCAGAUGGGAUGGACAGGACUUUACUGUGAUGUCCCGAACAUGUCCUGCCAAGACUUUGCUGCCAGAAAUGGUUUUGCUGUUGAAAAUGUAUGUAAGAACGCAGGACGAUGCAUCAACAAGGGGAAUUCCCAUCAGUGUCAGUGCCAGCUGGGGUACACAGGCAGCUACUGUGAGGAAAUGGUGGAUGAGUGCCGCUCAAAUCCAUGUCGCAAUGGAGCAACAUGCAAAGAUUAUCAGGGCACAUAUGAGUGCAUAUGUAAAGCGGGUUACCAAGGAGUGAACUGUGAAUAUGAUGUUGAUGAAUGCCACUCUAAGCCCUGCCUCAAUGGAGGAACAUGCAUUAACCUCAUCAACCACUUCACUUGUGUCUGCCCACCUGGAACACAUGGAGUUCAGUGUGAGGUGAAUGAGGAUGACUGCGCCCCCAGCCCAGGGUCCUCUGAGCCACGAUGCCGAAAUGGAGGACAGUGUAUUGACGGUGUGGGUCGUUACACGUGCUCCUGUCCUGCAGGAUUUGUUGGUGAACACUGUGAGGGGGAUCUCAACGAAUGUCUGUCUGGGCCUUGCCAAACCCCCGGCAGCCUCGACUGCAUUGAGCUGGUCAAUGACUAUCAGUGCCUCUGUCGCCUCGGAUACACAGGUCGUCAUUGUGAAUCCAUGGUGGAUCUGUGUGUGUCAUUGCCGUGUCAUAACAGAGGCAUCUGCUCUAUGAACACGAGCUCGGUGCAUGGAUACACCUGUUCCUGUCUUCCUGGCUAUACUGGAUUCAGCUGUGGUGAAACAGAGGAUUACAACUGUCCAAAACUACGUUGCCAGAACGGUGGACACUGCAUGAAGACGCACUCUGACCUGUACUGCCAGUGUAAACCAGGCUUCAAGGGCCCGUACUGUGAGACAGAGCAGUGGUGCACCAGACCCUGUCAAAAUGGAGGAACCGACAUAAAAGACCCGUCCAACCCAUACCAACACAUCUGCCGCUGUCCCAUUAACUUCUUCGGACGAUGUUGUGAGAAUAAAUCCCAUGCUUCCCAUCCAACCUGCCCCUAUCUAAUGUGUGAGCAGCAAGCAGGAGAUAAAGUCUGUGACGAUCAGUGCAACAUCCACGACUGUCGGUGGGAUGGAGGUGACUGCUCACUGAGCUUGCUGCAGCCUUGGAUUAACUGCUCCGCCACUGUUCCCUGCUGGGAUCUCUUUAAGAAUGGGCGAUGUGAUAAGGAGUGUAACAACCCUGGGUGUUUCUUUGACAGCUUUGAAUGUGAGGAAACUCCAACUGACCUCUGCAAGUAUGACGAGUACUGCAAAGACCAUUAUGGUAACGGCAUCUGUGACCAGAGUUGCUACACAGAAGCUUGUGGUUGGGAUGGCCUGGACUGCUCCAGGGACGUGCCAGCCAAUUUGGCAGAUGGUACGCUCAUCAUUGUGGUUCGACUGCAGCCCAAGGAGCUGCUUGGAGACUUAAAUGGUUUCCUGCGCUCCCUGGGAGCCCUGCUGCACACCAGCGUGCAGGUGAAGCUGAAUGAAAAGAACGAACCGAAAGUGUAUCCUUACUAUGGGGUGGAGGAGGAGCAGAGACAAGAUAGACAGAAGAGCAGAGCUAAACGGGAAAUAAACAGAGAGGUUAUUGGCUCUGUGGUGCAUCUGGAAAUUGAUAACCGUGAAUGUUCAAAGACCUCCUCCCCCUCUCACUGUUUCUCCAACACGUCUGUGGCCGCAUCUUAUAUUGCAGCAUCACACAUCAAGGCUAAUCUGCCUUACCCACUUGUGUCUGUUAAAAGCGGACCAACAGAUGGACCAGUUAUAAUAUAUCCGUACCUGAUUGGGGUUGCUGUGGUUAUUAUUCUGCUUAUUGUGGUGGUUGGGAUGCUGGCGGUCAAGAAGAAGCAUAAACAUGGUUUCUUGUGGCUGCCUGAUGGCUUCAUGGCCCCGAACAAUGACAAGAGGAGAGAGCCUGUUGGACAAGACGACUUUGACUUAAAGAAUUUAAAGAGUCAGGAUGGAAGUAUAGCCGAUGGAGGCCAGAGAUAUCUUGAAGAUGAAGUACCAUCCAAAAAGUCAAGAACUGAAGACAAACCUCUGCUGUCCAUCCCCCUGGAUGGAAGUGUCGACCGAAGAGAGUGGACCCUACAACAUCAUAAAGCUGCUGACAUCACUCUGACUCCUCCACAGGCUGACCUGGAUGCUGACUGUCUGGAUGUUAAUGUCAAAGGACCUGAUGGUUUUACCCCUCUGAUGCUGGCAUCACUGCGUAACGGUGGGGGCCCAGACUGCAGCCUGCAUGAAGAGGAGGAGGAGAGUGGAGGAGACGAGCCGGGACCCAGUAUGAUUUCAGAUCUGAUCACUCAAGGUGCAAGUCUGAAGGCUCAGACUGAUCGAACGGGAGAAACAGCUCUCCACUUGGCUGCUCGCUACGCCAGAGCGGACGCUGCUAAGAGACUGCUGGAUGCUGGUGCGGAUCCCAACGCUCACGACAACAUGGGGAGGACGCCGCUGCACGCUGCUGUGGCAGCUGAUGCUCAGGGAGUUUUUCAGAUUCUCAUUCGUAAUCGCGCAACAGAACUGGAUGCCAGGAUGAACGAUGGUACAACUCCGCUGGUCCUGGCAGCCCGGCUGGCUGUAGAAGGCAUGGUGGAAGAGCUGAUCCACUGCCAUGCUGACAUCAAUGCUGUAGAUGAUCACGGUAAAUCUGCUCUGCACUGGGCAGCUGCAGUCAAUAAUGUGGAGGCCACACUUGUGCUUCUGAAGAACGGUGCCAACCGUGACAUGCAAGACAACAAGGAGGAGACGCCGUUGUUUCUGGCAGCCCGAGAAGGUAGCUUCGAGGCUGCCCAGGUUCUUCUUGACCACUACUCAAAUCGUGACAUCACUGACCACCUGGACCGCCUUCCUCGUGACACUGCUCAAGAGCGCAUGCAUCACGACAUAGUCCGUCUGCUAGACCAGUACAAUCUGGUCCACAGUCCACACAAUGGGCCUAACCAUAUGGGUGGAGGAGGAAACUCUGCGAUGUGUGGAGCCAAUGGAACGGGUUUCGUCGGUAUGCGCCCAGGACCUCAAGGCAAAAAGAGCAGGAGGGGUGGAGGUGGAUCGAAGAUGGGAGGUGUUGGAGGGGGGGCUAAGGAGCUGAAAGACAUGAAGGCAAAGAGAAGAAAGAAGCCUGCUGGUGGAGAGGGACCAGCUUUGGGUGCUGGAGUUAGUGCAGCAAAUGGAGGUGGUGCAGGAGGAGGAAACACGACUGGUGUAAAGGCAUCGGGAGGACUCCCGGAGAGCUCUGUCACCAUGUCACCUGUUGACUCCCUGGAGUCACCUCACUCCUUCACAGGUGAUGUCUCUGGCUCUGGCUCCAACACAGCCAACUCCCCUCCUCUUCUGAACAGUCCCACCAGCAGGCAGAUGCUUCCUCCUGUCAGCCACAUGCUGGGACAGCAGCAAAGCUGGGUGAGGAUGCCCAAGCACAGCUACAACAGCCACAUGUUCGGCAUCGUCCCUCACCAGAUAAGAGGAUCACACCCAGGCAUGACCCAACACCUCAGCCAGAGCCCGAUGAUGACUCCCAUGAACGUCACCAUGAGCAGGGAGCAGCUGCCACCCAUCGUCACUUUCCAGAUGAUGACUCCUGGAGGCCCCCAGACCAUGCUGAAGCAGCAAUCGGGUCAGGUGCAAGUCACGCAGGCCCAAGGGCAGAAUCAGAAUUUGGGUCACCCCCAGCAGGGACAGGGGCACCUGCACUGCAGUCAGGGGAUGAUAUACCAGAUGUCAGAGCAGAUGAGCAUGACACACGCACCCUCCCACACUCUGCAGCAACCCCACACUGUCAGCCACAUCAACCACGGAGGGAUGGAAGGUCAGUCUCGACAACUGCAGUCCUAUCCAGCAAUGCAGAGCCCUGUGAAUAAAUACCCAACACCCCCCUCCCAGCACAGUUACACCACCGCUGGCUCAGAAGGCACCACUCCAGCCCAUUCUAACCCUCCGCCAAGCGAGCACCCUUAUCUCACUCCUUCGCCCGAAUCCCCCGAUCCCUGGUCCUCAUCUUCACCUCACUCCAACUCAGACUGGUCCGACGUCACUACCAGCCCCACCCCCCUGGGAAACACCCACCACGCACUGCCGUCAUCGCAUCACACACACGUUCCUGAGCAGGCACAGAUGCAGCCCCAGUCCCAGCAGAUGCAGCAGCCGUCUCAGCAGCCUCAGCACGGAAACAUGCAGGUGUUCGCAUAAAGCUGCCCGAAAAGAGCAGAAACAGACUGACUUUAAGGUUCACACAAAAAACAAU